GGUUCUCUCCCCAGCGCGGGCGAGGGAGGAGGCACGCAGAGGUGCGGCGACUUGCCCAGCCUCGUCAGCGCCGGGCGCGCAGCAGACUUCCCCUUUUCAACCCGACUGCCCUGCCCCUUGGGGAGGGUGGAUGGAGACAGGUUCGACUCAGAAGCCUCAACGUUGACUACGAUCCAGACACGAAAAGAGAGAAGAGUUCCAGGCUAGCACGGCGUCGCGUUCUUACCCAAACGCCCCCCUCUCCCGCUGCCUCGGCUCCCCCCGCCACCGCCCGUGCUCGCCCAGAUUUCUCAGUUUGUCUUUCCCUCCACCCCCUGCUUUUCCUUCCUUCUCCCUUGCUCAGCUCACGCCCACCUUAGUUCAAAGCUGAGUAGAAGCGCCACUGUUUUAGUUCCUAGAGUUAAAGCCGAAGAGGAGGGAGGCGCGAGGGGGUGUGCGCGGGGCUCUGCCCAGCCCAGGACUGCCGCGGUCCGCCAGUUGCGCUUCGCUCCACGGGUGUCCGACCCGGGCCCGAGCCCGAGCCCGGGGGCUUUAGAGACGCCGCUUCACUUCCCGCCUCCUGCAGGCGCCCCACGCGUGCGAUCCUCACGGCCCAGACCCGCCGGAGGAGGAGGCCCCCUCCCCGGCGCACAGGCGGGGCCCCGGGCGCGCCCCGCGUCUCCCCCGCGCGCCGGGGCGGAGGAGCGGGCGCCGCACACUGGUCGCCUAGGCCGGGAGGGCGGGCUCGGCUCCCCGGAAGAGGGGAGUGGGAAGGAGGCCGAGGGGGUUGGAGGGGCGGGUCGGGCUGGGAGGGGACGCGGAGGGGGCGGGCCGGCCUGCGCUCGCUCCAGCCGCGGCUCUAGAGCAGCGGGCGGCGGGACCCGGGACCCAGCUUUGCGACGGCGAUCGCGACGCGGGCCGCCAGGACCUCCCGGCGCCCCACCUCUGGAGCAGCCCCUGCUGCCAGCUCCAGGUCAGCCCCGGAAUCCCAGGGACUCGCGGCGCCGAACGGACCCGGGCCGGGGGUAGCGGGGUCCCCGGACUGAAGAAGACGCGGGUGGCACCUUGCGAGCUCCGGGGCUCCACUGCGAGGCCUCGGGGGCGCAGACCUGCAGAGACUGCGGCCAACGGGAAGAAAUAAAGAGAUUGUACUGCUCUAGUCCACCCGAUUCAUGGACUUCUGAGAUUCAGUCAGAGGAGAGACAGAGAACCACCAGUCUCUAGAUCGAGAUGCAAACGUGGUGACAAGCCUGUUUGUCUUCAUUGUGACACUGGAGUACAGGGAGGCUGUUGGAGGAAGGAAGGCACGUAAAUGAAGAGAAAGAACUGGAAUAACUCCUUCCGGGAAAAAAAAAAAAAAGGGUAAGAUUGACCCAGAACCAUCCUGUGCUCCAUUUCUAGGAGGGAGAGCGGUGAGGAAUGAACACAGAGACAGGGUCAAGACAGUCGAAUUUGCACAGGCUCGGGAGAGGCAGUACAGUAUGCAACCUGGCUCCUGUCCCAUGGUGGGUGCUGGGGCGAUUUGAGAGCUGAAAAGGAGACACAGACACACACGGGGUCAGCUUUUGGAGCUGGGGCUGUACGUGAAGAAACACUUCCCUCCCACCUGUCUCUUCUGGUCCUCUGUGUCUCCUCAGGAAGCAAGCUUAGCUGUACACCGAGUCUUGCAAAAGCUGCAGCCCCACCCAGGAGCAGGGUGGAGGCUGGGGCGAUGGUGGACACCCUGAAGAUGCCCCAUGGCUACUGAAGGGGCUGCCCAGUUAGGGAACAGAGUGGCGGGCAUGGUGUGUAGCCUAUGGGUCCUGCUUCUUCUGGUGUCUUCAGUUCUGGCUCUGGAAGAGGUAUUGCUGGACACCACCGGAGAGACAUCUGAGAUUGGCUGGCUCACCUACCCACCAGGGGGGUGGGACGAAGUGAGUGUUCUGGACGACCAGCGACGCCUGACUCGGACCUUUGAGGCAUGUCAUGUGGCAGGGGCCCCUCCAGGCACUGGGCAGGACAAUUGGCUGCAGACACACUUCGUGGAGCGUCGGGGCGCCCAGAGGGCCCACAUCCGACUCCACUUCUCUGUGCGGGCCUGCUCCAGCCUGGGUGUGAGCGGCGGCACUUGCCGGGAGACGUUCACCCUUUACUACCGCCAGGCAGAGGAGCCCGACAGCCCUGACAGUGUUUCCUCCUGGCACCUCAAACGCUGGACCAAAGUGGACACAAUUGCAGCAGACGAGAGCUUCCCCUCCUCCUCCUCCUCUUCCUCCUCCUCUUCUGCAUCGUGGGCUGUGGGACCCCACGGCGCUGGGCAGCAGCGGGCCGGGCUGCAGCUGAACGUCAAGGAGCGGAGCUUCGGGCCUCUCACCCAACGCGGCUUCUACGUGGCCUUCCAGGACACCGGGGCCUGCCUGGCCCUGGUCGCUGUCAGGCUUUUCUCCUACACCUGCCCUGCCGUGCUUCGAUCCUUUGCCUCCUUUCCAGAGACGCAGGCCAGCGGGGCUGGGGGAGCCUCCCUGGUGGCAGCUCUGGGCACCUGUGUGGCCCAUGCGGAACCAGAGGAGGAUGGAGUGGGGGGCCAGGCCGGAGGCAGCCCCCCCAGGCUGCACUGCAACGGGGAAGGCAGGUGGAUGGUCGCUGUUGGGGGCUGCCGCUGCCAGCCUGGACACCAGCCAGCUCGAGGGGACAAGUCCUGCCAAGCCUGCCCUCGGGGGCUCUAUAAGGCUUCUGCUGGGAACACCCCCUGCGCACCGUGCCCUGCCCGCAGCCACGCCCCCAACCCAGCAGCCCCUCUUUGCCCCUGCCUGGAGGGCUUCUACCGGGCCAGUUCUGACCCACCAGAGGCCCCCUGCACUGGUCCUCCAUCGGCUCCCCAGGAGCUUUGGUUUGAGGUGCAAGGCUCAGCGCUCAUGCUACACUGGCGCCUGCCUCGGGAGCUGGGGGGCCGAGGGGACCUUCUCUUCAACGUCGUGUGCAAGGAGUGCGAAGGCCGCCAGGGGCCUGCCAGCGGCGGUGGGGGCACGUGUCGCCGCUGCAGGGAUGAGGUCCACUUCGACCCUCGCCAGAGAGGCCUGACCGAGAGCCGAGUGUUAGUGGGGGGACUCCGAGCACAUGUACCCUACAUCUUAGAGGUGCAGGCUGUCAAUGGGGUGUCUGAGCUCAGCCCGGAGCCUCCCCAGGCUGCGGCCAUCAAUGUCAGCACCAGCCAUGAAGUGCCCUCUGCCGUCCCUGUGGUGCGCCAGGUGAGCCGGGCAUCCAACAGCAUCACGGUGUCCUGGCCGCAGCCUGACCAGACCAAUGGCAACAUCCUGGACUAUCAGCUCCGCUACUAUGACCAGGCAGAAGACGAAUCCCACUCCUUCACCCUGACCAGCGAGACCAACACGGCCACCGUGACACAGCUGAGCCCUGGCCACAUCUACGGUUUCCAGGUGCGGGCUCGGACUGCUGCCGGCCACGGCCCCUAUGGGGGCAAAGUCUAUUUCCAGACGCUGCCUCAAGGGGAGCUGUCCUCCCAGCUUCCGGAGAGACUCUCCUUGGUGAUCGGCUCCAUCCUGGGGGCCUUGGCCUUCCUCCUGCUGGCAGCCAUCACCGUGCUGGCCGUCGUCUUCCAGCGGAAGCGGCGUGGGACUGGCUACAUGGAGCAGCUGCAGCAAUACAGCAGCCCAGGACUCGGGGUGAAGUAUUACAUCGACCCCUCCACCUACGAGGACCCCUGCCAGGCCAUCCGAGAACUUGCCCGGGAGGUCGAUCCUGCUUAUAUCAAGAUUGAGGAGGUCAUUGGGACAGGCUCUUUUGGAGAAGUGCGCCGGGGCCGCCUGCAGCCUCGGGGACGGAGGGAGCAGGCUGUGGCCAUCCAGGCCCUGUGGGCCGGGGGUGCUGAAAGCCUGCAGAUGACCUUCCUGGGCCGGGCCGCCGUGCUGGGUCAGUUCCAGCACCCCAACAUCCUGCGGCUGGAGGGUGUGGUCACCAAGAGCCGACCUCUCAUGGUGCUGACGGAGUUCAUGGAGCUCGGCCCCCUGGACAGCUUCCUCAGGCAGCGGGAGGGCCAGUUCAGCAGCCUGCAGCUGGUGGCCAUGCAGCGCGGAGUGGCCGCUGCCAUGCAGUACCUGUCCAGCUUUGCCUUCGUCCACCGCUCACUCUCUGCUCGCAGCGUGCUGGUGAAUAGCCACCUGGUGUGCAAGGUGGCCCGUCUUGGCCACAGUCCUCAGGGCCCAAGUUGUUUGCUUCGCUGGGCAGCCCCAGAGGUCAUCGCACAUGGAAAGCAUACAACAUCCAGUGAUGUCUGGAGCUUUGGGAUACUCAUGUGGGAAGUGAUGAGUUACGGAGAACGGCCUUACUGGGAUAUGAGCGAGCAGGAGGUACUAAAUGCAAUAGAGCAGGAGUUCCGGCUGCCCCCGCCUCCAGGCUGUCCUCCUGGACUACAUCUACUUAUGUUGGACACUUGGCAGAAGGACCGUGCCCAGCGGCCUCACUUUGACCAGCUGGUGGCUGCAUUUGACAAGAUGAUCCGCAAGCCAGAUACCCUGCAGGCUGGCGGGGACCCAGGGGAAAGGCCUUCCCAGGCCCUGCUGACCCCUGUGGCCCUGGACUUUCCUUGUCUGGACUCACCCCAGGCCUGGCUUUCAGCCAUUGGACUGGAGUGCUACCAGGACAACUUCUCCAAGUUUGGUCUCUGCACCUUCAGUGACGUGGCUCAGCUCAGCCUGGAAGACCUGCCCGCCCUGGGCAUCACCCUGGCUGGCCACCAGAAGAAGCUGCUGCAUCAUAUCCAGCUCCUUCAGCAGCACCUGAGGCAGCAGGGCUCCGUGGAGGUCUGAGGUCGCUGCCAGGGACUGACGAUGCCCGUGACUCACCCCUGGACACUGGUCCGAGAAGGGACCUGUGGGACAUGAGUGGGCUCCAACAGCCUCUGUGAGAGAUGCCCCACACCAGACCCGCCCCUCCCGAUGCUGCAUUGCCCGGUCCUCUGCCUCGCCACCAGCCUCCUCCUCAUUAAAGGGAAAGAAGGGAAUUUGCAAGUUCA